GAGAGAGACGGAGGGAGAGCAAGCGAGCGCACAACAGAGCAAGUGCACGAGCGCAUUCUGGCGUGCUGGCAGCUCACCGUCCACAAUGCUCUGUUAACUCAAACUCUCUUCACCAGAGAUCAAAAACUUACUUCUCGUAGUGAAUACAGUCGGAUGUGGCGUUCCUAAACAUGAGGAACAAACGGAGCAUCUGACACAGACCCUGAGCAGCAGUUUGAUUCGGGGAGUAGAGUGAAGCCGAUCGUAUCUCCACUCUGCGGAUGAUUUGUUUGCGUUGUGCUUUUCUUUCCUUCAUUGCAGAUGUGGCGAGUGGAAUGAGCUGUUUUCUCACAUCGGUCUUGUCACUGCAGCAUGGGAACUGCCGUGUCCAAAAAGAAGAAUUUAAGGAAUGAUGCGAUUUCUUCUGUUGCCGCAAAAGUUAGAGCAGCUCGAGCAUUUGGAGAGUACCUUUCUCACACACACCCUGAGAACCGCAACAGAUCAGAUCACUUGCUAUCUGACACCUUCAUUGGUCAGGAGACAGAUUCCCCAGACAUUAGCAGACUGAACAACAAUAACAGCCUCCAGCCAUACUCCCAACACACUCUAAUAGUCAAGCCCAGUCAAGAAGAGCUUCAGCAAGGCAGUCAGUCUGCACCCCUUCCUACAAGUUCCAAGCGGCGGCUCUCCGUAGAACGCAGCCUUUCUUCUGAGGAUCAGCAGAAUCAGAGGCGUACCGAGAGUUCUGUGAAGCCAGCACGUGUCUACACCAUUACCAGGGAGCGAGAUAUGCUUGGGGGCCAGGGAAGCGAGGAGAGUUUGGAGUUAGAGGUUCUGAAGAGGACAUCAGAGCCAUCACAGAUCAACCCUCCAACAGGUUUACGUGGAAGCCAUCAUCGAGGAAGCCAACAUCGUGGGAACAACGGCCCCACCCACCAGCAUCAUUACGGUCAUGCACCCAUGGCACAACCUUUGCAGAGCUCAGGGAGCACCCAUAACAUUCGGGACUGGGGGUCGAGGCGGAGCAGGUCAAGGGAGGAUUGCACACCCGAUUGUGUGGCCUGCAUUCGACCUCAUUGCCAGAGUCAGCGCUCACUAGACCUUGAUACAUCUCCUCACGGUGGUGGCAAACAGCACAAGAAGCUAGAGAGGAUGUACAGCGAGGACCGCGUGUCCUCUGAAGAUCGAGAGGAUCACACGAACAGCUGGUUUCCUAAAGAGAACAUGUUCAGCUUCCAGACUGCGACCACCACCAUGCAAGCAAUAUCGGCAUUUCGUGGAAUUGCGGAGAGAAAGAGGAGGAAAAGAGAACAAGAGGCCACCGCAUUGAUGGAGAGAAACUUCCGGAAACAUCUGAGGAUGGUGGGCAGCAGGAGGGUGAAGGCCCAGACAUUUGUUGAUCGCAAAGCGAAGAGUUUCAGCCGGUCCUGGAGUGACCCCACACCCGUCAAGCCUGACUCUCUCCAUGACUCCAGAGACAGUGGAGACCUUCAGGCAUCGUCUGGCAAUCUGGAUGAAGAAGACUGUGAUGAUGUCGACUGGGAGGAAGAGAGAGAGUUAGAAAGGGCGGCCUGUGAGGGUGACGAUUUCAUCCCACCCAAACUCAUGCUAAUUUCAUCGAAAGUACCAAAGGCCGAGUACGUUCCCAACAUCAUCCGCCGGGACGACCCCUCCAUUAUCCCCAUUCUCUAUGAUCAUGAACAUGCCACCUUUGAUGAUAUACUAGAGGAGAUUGAAAAGAAACUCACCGCCUACAGAAAAGGCUGCAAAAUCUGGAACAUGCUCAUCUUCUGUCAGGGAGGCCCGGGUCAUCUCUACCUUCUGAAGAACAAAGUGGCUACGUUUGCGAAAGUAGAGAAGGAGGAGGGCAUGAUGCAGUUCUGGAAGAAACUUGGCAGAUUCAUGAGUUUAUUAAACCCUGAGCCCAAUCUCAUCCACAUAAUGGGCUGCUAUGUGCUCGGCAAUGCUAAUGGAGAAAAGCUUUUUCAAAACCUCAAGAGACUGAUGAAACCUCAUGGCAUUGAGUUCAAGUCUCCUCUGGAGCUGUCAGCACAGGGUAAGGAGAUGAUCGAGAUGUACUUCGACUUUCGCCUGUAUCGUUUAUGGAAGACCCGCCAACACUCUAAACUUCACGACUACGACGACCUUCUGUGACAUUGCGGUGUUGGUUUAAACAGCCCAAGAGGCAGGUAGCUUACUUUAGCGGGCCAUUCGGCGACGUACCCUCCAGAGAAGAGCCUGGGCCGAAAAGCCCUGAGGUGAAGGAGGAAGAUAAGGUUGAGGAAAACUGAGAAAACGCUGGAAUUUCUCCACCCUCUGAUGGGAAGCAGCCAUUACUGUUAGGUGCUGUGCGUUCACCCCCCAUCCAUUUGAGCUUUCAGCCUGAAAGAGAAACAUUCGCUAGAUACCGACAGGUCGUAUCUUUUAGCUUGCGUGAUGUCUAGAAGAUCAUGCUUGAUUUCUUUGAGAAGCUGCAACAGGAAGAAGGAGGAUUUUUGUUUUGUUUUAGUUUUUGUUUAGUAUUUUCUAGUAGCUGUUUUUGUGGUUAACUAGCAGGGACAGUGAAAACAAGGCCAUACUUAAACAGGCCUUGACGUUCUUAUAUUAUUCUACAAGUGCAGGAUCAACUUUGGGACUACAUAUCUAUGUUGUGUGUGUACGUAUUCACUUUAUCACUAUCGAAUAGCUACUGUAAUUGAUCUUUCAGCAUAUUAUCGCGCUGUUUUAGUUAGAGUGUGGUGUGGUUUUGUUUAGGAGUCAUAAGAGGGACUAUAACUCAGGUUUCGUUUAACUGACAUCCCUCUGUGCUUUACCAUCUUUAGAGAGAAAGAGAGCGAAAGAGAAUUUCUUUGUGUGAAGUUGUUCAGUCCCAAUAAAUGAGUUACCUAAGUGGAUUUGGAAUAACUUGAUAUCUGUAUCAGGGACUUUAUGUGCGUCUUAGACAUCUUUAGAUUCAUUGUCGAAAUGUCCAUAAAAUGACGUACUGUAUGUGUAACAUUUAGGCAUGUGUAGAAACUGCUCAUUUUAGGCAGAUUUUGUCUUUCAGCUUCAAAAUUUUCAAAACUUUUCUAGCGUCUUAAUAAUAAAAUAAGAUUUUAAAACAGAUUAUGAAUAAAAAUAGAAAUCGUUGGUGAUUUUGCGCUCCAAUACUGUCAUAUUUGUGUAUUUAACGCUCAUAUUAUGUGUUUCUCUCACAGUUGACUUGACGUCACAUAGUUUCGUGGUUAUUUAUUUGUAUGUGGAGGAUAACCAUUUAUCCAUUUCUGAUAAGUCAAAGUGCAAUUGUAUCUGCAAUACUUCUCUUUUCGGUAGUAAGUGGUCCUGAAUGUAACUCUGAUCAUGUUUUGAGCAUCAAGAUUAGCUUUUUCAUAGUAUACAGUAUAUAGUUCGUUUAGCCUUUAAAGUGGUUCUCUGCGGAGGAAAACGUUCUCUAGUUUAUGCGUGGGUGUUUUGGAUGCGGCAAACAGAUAAAACACUAGGUAGUUGUAAUCUUUAAUCAUCACGAGUGGAUGUUCGAGUGCAAAACAGCAGCAGCUGGUGCAAUAGAUAGUCCAAAGCAUUUCAUAGAGAGCUGCCAGACGAAUAAAAAAUGCAAUGUGCUUAGUCUUGCUGGUGUAAUAAGGGGAAGAUGAGAAUGCAUUGCAAAAAUCUGUGAUAUAGCUAUAUUUAAAGCAUAAAGCUGUUGUGUAAGUUUGCAGAAUUACACAUAUAUAUCCACGUCUGUAUUUGGGAGUGCGUUUUAGGUUUGGAGAUGCAGACAGGAGCACUGAGAUGUGAAGGAUGCAUCUGUGUUUGUCUUGUGCUGAUCCAUCACAUCGCUUUUCAUCUCUGACCACUCGCCCGAAAAACAAAUAAAGCAGUCGGAUUGGAUUAAAAUCAACACUGCUUCUUUACUGAUGCUAUGAUUGCAUGUCUUGGUGUGACUUUGUAAUUUGCUUUCCGUUUAACCCAUAUAAUUAUCUCUGCACUCUCUACCAAAGUCAUUGUAUGCUAUAAUGUCAUAAUAGACUGUAAAAUAGAUAGAUAUUAAUAUAUAUAUAUAUAUAUAUAUAUAUAUAUAUAUAUAUAUAUGAUCUGUGGGUGAAAAAACGUUGGAAAAUGCCAUAAUAGACUGUAAAAUAGGUAGAUAUUAAUAUAUACAGUUGAAGUCAGAAUUAUUAGCCCCCCUGUUUAUUUUUCUCCCCAAUUUCUGUUUAACAGA